GAAGUGAUAAUUCCUUUCUAGAAACUUAAAAGCCAAUAAGAAAAUGUGACAUUAUUACCCUCAACUCACCAUUCCCCCACAAUAAAGCUAACAAAAAAUGGCUUCUUUCCUCACUUCCACUUAUCAUUUCACCAUGUUUUUCAUUCUUCUUUCAACAUUUCUUGCCAUUACUGAUGGAAAAUUUUCAGAACAAUACCCCAACACAAAGGCUACUAAACAUGAUAAGAUUUCCCAUCUCCAUUUCUAUUUCCAUGAUAUUGUGAGUGGGAAAAAUCCAACAGCCAUACUAGUUGCUGGUCAAAGGAAUUCUUUCGGCAGCACUGCGAUGAUAGACGACCCUCUAACUGAAGGGCCUGAGCCCAGCUCUGAACUUGUUGGAAGAGCUCAGGGAAUGUAUGCUAUGACUUCCCAACAAGAUGGAAGUCUACUUAUGGUUGUGAAUUUUGCGUUCAACGAGGGGAAGUUUAAUGGAAGUUCGGUUAGUGUUAUUGGGAGGAAUCCGGUGCUUGAUGCAGUCAGGGAAAUGCCGGUAGUGGGAGGCAGCGGGAUUUUCCGUUUUGCUCGUGGCUAUGCACUGGCAAAGACUUACCAGUAUAAUAUUACGUCAGGGGAUGCUGUGGUUGAGUACAACGUGUUUAUAACGCAUGAUUGAAAAUGUAUUUGCUUAUGAAUAACUUCUACUUGAAUGCUUCACUUUUUCUAUGGUUUUUUCUCCUAUUUUCUGUUAUGCAUCCAUGUGCAUUGUGGACAAUGGAAGAUGGCAAAAGAAAUCAAAGAAUAGAUAUAUAAUACAAUUAUGAGAGUUUUUCC